AUGUCUGAAGCACUUGUACCCUCGCAAUUGUUUCUGCCACUGCCUCAGCACCAUGUCCUGAUCUGCCGGGCAUGUCGCCAUGCAGUCCCUCCGCUUGCGGUUGCUAGGCACCUCAAGGCAAUUCACCAUCUCGACCACGCACGCCGAGAGGUGUUUCUUGAAUUCGCCUCCAGGUUCGACCUCCAUGAUCCAGCCCAUGUGGAUGAACCUGGGGCAGAUCACUUUCCCGUGCCUGGACUUCCGGUCUACGACGGAUUGCAAUGCACGGCUUCUAAUUGUGGGCAUCUCUGUCUCAGCGAAAAGCGCAUGAGGGGGCAUUGGCAGCAGGUACAUGGACGACACAGCCGACUGGAGGGCGACUGGCGGCAUGCGCCUCUCCAGACCUUCUUUCGCGGAAACCAGCUGCGCUAUUUUACCGGCUCUGUGGUUGAACGGAGCAAGGACAGUCCGGGGCACAGUCGCCACGAGCACAUGCUUAAAGGAGACGUGGUCCGGACCUUCUAUUUCUCGGACAAUGGCCAAGGGAGGGAGAUUGCCUUUGGUGUCCCCGAGGCCUCAGGCACAGCAACACAAGGAGCUGGACAGGAGAAGCCAGGCAGUGAUGAUGGACGAGCGAGCCUCGAUCCGGCUGACAGGGCCCUGCUCGACCAUUACAUGACGAACACCUGUCUCAAAAUCGCUACAGACGAGGAGGGAAGAGCAGUCUGGAGUACAGCGGUGGUUUGUCUUGCGCAUAGUCAUGGGUUCGUGAUGCACGCCAUCCUCGCCCUCGCAGCCAUGCAUCUGGCGCACUGUCAUGGGUCCAACUCGGAUCUUGCCAAAUCCCGAGAAUACUUGGCCAUCGCGUCCAAGCAUCAAGACGAAGCCAUGCCUGCGUUUCGAGCAGCAGUCGACGAGGCCAACGCAUGCAAAAGCCACGCCAUCCUUACAUUUGUUCAUCUGCUCAUUUUGUAUUCGAUUGCCACGGAACAAUCGGAUGAAUGGCUGCUAUUGGUGACCGAGGAUCAAUCAGAUACCGUUACAGUCCCCAGCUGGUUGCACUUGUUACGGACCGGUUGCAGUCUGCUGUGCACCACCUGGGAUCUGAUUGAGAUCGGACCCUGCCGCACAUUGGCGCUCCUGUGGAGAAAGGAGGUUGGCCUGCCGCAGGCCGGUACGAUACUGGCAUCGGAAUUGCGGGACAAGUUCCUGGCCGCCAUCCCUCCGCCAGGCUCGCCGGACGAGUGGACGAGGUCUGAACGGGACGAGUAUGCCGACGCAGCCUCACACCUGGCUCUCGCCUUUGCCUACUACUCACAGCCUUCGACUGGGCCGUGCACGACGUGGGACAUACUUCAGGCCUGGCCACUCCGGCUCUCCGACGCGUUCUUGGCCAUGAUGGCCAGCGGUCAUCCGGGAGCGCUGAUACUGCUCGCACAUUAUGCAAUCCUGUUGAAAGAUAUUGAGCAGCAGUGGUAUUUCAGGGGCCGGGCCACGAGAUUGAUCCAGAGGAUUGCCGAGAGGUUGGACCAGAGAUGGCAAACAUACAUCGAAAGCCCAUUGAGAGCUAUCAGGAAACCAGUCGUUCGACCCAGACGCUUGUUACCAGCUCCGGUCUAA